GCUUUCUUUCUCCUCUUACCGGAGACAGACAGCAAGCCUACCUUCCCUUCCCCUGUUCCGUUCCCCCAGCGUGCGCGCUCGAUCUCUCUGCGGCCCUCCCUCCCGAGAUCUCCUCUCUCCCUCCCUCCCUUCGUCUCUCUCUUGCCGACGAUUACGCCAGGUGCCCAGGUCCAGGUCAGGUGUUCUUGGGGGCCGAGGUCGCUCGCUGCCGCCCUACGCCAGGUGCCCAGGUCUCCUCCGGGCUCUUCGCCGGCGACGAGCACCACCGGCCAGGCUGAGCUCCACAGUGGUUCUUGGAGAGGUUUGUAACAGACUACACCUACACAAAGAAGAGAAAAAGGGAUCUUGGAGAGGUUUGUGAUAGACUAGUGGGGGUGCAUACACCUACGCAAAAGAAGAGAAGGAGAAAGAGAGAAAGUUCUCAAUGAAUUGAAGUCCUUAUGUCCAAAACAAGAGCAAGGUGCAAUUGUACAAGGGGAUUGUGGAAGGAGCAUAUCAUAUAUUUGUAGGAGAUAACUUUACACUUGACUCAUGGGCGACUGGGUUAUAGGGGCGUUGAUAAACAUCGUGGGGAGUGUUGCCAUAAACUUUGGGACCAACCUUCUGAAGUUGGGACAUGAUCAGAGAGAAAAGCUUUCCUCAAUUAACAACAGCGAAGGAAAUGAAAAAUUCGUUCCAAAGUCUGUUAUGCAUUUCCAGACUUGGAGAAUAGGUAUACUCUUUUUUGCUGCUGGGAACUGCCUCAACUUCAUGUCAUUUGCUUAUGCUGCACAGUCACUACUUGCAGCUCUUGGAUCAAUCCAGUUUGUGUCCAACAUUGCUUUUGCCUACUUUGUGUUGAACAAGACUAUUUCAGUGAAAGUUAUGGUAGCCACAACAUUUAUUGUCUUUGGCAACAUCUUCUUAGUAUCCUUCGGCAACCAUCAAUCACCUGUUUACACGCCGGAGCAGCUGAUCGCCAAAUACAGCAAUUUGGUGUUUGUUCUUUAUUGCAUGUCAUUGGUCUUUGUUGUUGCAUUUAACCACUAUCUCUACAGGAGUGGAGAAACUAUUAUUUCAAAUAGUUCAAAAGAUGCUGGCACACAUUGGAGAACAAUGUUGCCAUUUUCUUAUGCUGUUGUAUCUGGAGCUAUUGGGUCUUGCUCAGUCUUGUUUGCAAAGUCAUUGUCUAACAUGCUGAGGCUGACUAUGAGCAGCAGAUACGAGUUCCAUAGCUGGUUCACAUACUCAAUUGUUCUUUUGUUUCUGUGUACUGCUGGAUUUUGGAUGGCAAGAUUGAAUGAAGGGCUGUCAUUAUUUGAUGCAAUACUGAUUGUUCCAAUGUUUCAAAUUGCUUGGACCUUCUUCUCUAUUUGUACAGGAUUUGUUUACUUUCAGGAAUAUCAAGUAUUUGAUACGCUCAGGAUAAUUAUGUUUGUAUUGGGCAUGACAUUUGUCUUCGUUGGGAUCUCCUUGCUAGCACCCGAUGACAGUAAAGCUGAUACAAAAGGUGAUUCGAGCACCACUGAGGACUCCAUUAUUGAUGUGGACAGAAAUGGAAAGAUGCAGAUGGAGGAGACAGACACAGAUGAUAGCAACUCGUUUGUUACUUCUGUAAAAGUAAAAGCAAAACGUGUACUGUUGAAGGCAAAGUCUGCAUGCUCCAUGUCCCUUGGACUUGGGGAGGACACGAUAAGCGCUUCAUCGGUGCUUGCCAUGCCUAUGGUCUCAUCAAGAACAACCGGCUUCAGAGGAAUCGGAAAUGACCGUUCAAAGUAUGUCCCUUUAAGAACCACAGAUUGGAGUAAUCUAUAGCCGAUGGUGGUAUAUAGAUACACAGCAAAGGCCUUUACUUUUGAUGUUGCCUAGCGGAUGGCAGUGAAGUUUUUUUUGUUGCUUCCAGAGGCAAUUGUUUGUUGUGAUGAUAGUUAGCUGUAACACCAGUGUAUAGUUCAACGUUUCCCCCCCUUCAAAACACUGUCCAUACCCAGCUGCAUAUACAUGUGUAAGUUUUAGAAUACACAACUCAAAUGAUUCAAUUCGCUUCGUAUU